AUGGGCACUAUUGCUGCAGCAAAUGCAGAAUUUUGUUUUGGCGUAUUCAAAGAGUUGAAAGCUCACCAUGCAAAUGACAACAUCUUCUAUUCCCCCCUGAACAUCCUUGCAACCCUGGCCAUGGUCUAUCUGGGGGCAAGAGGUAGCACUCAUUCUCAGAUGCAGAAGGCUCUUCACUUUGAUAACAUUACAGGAUCUGAAGAAAUUACCGACUCAGAGUGUGGCCCUUCUGAAUACAUCCACAGUUCUUUCAAGGAUCUUCUCUCAGACCUCACCAGGCCAAACACUUCGUACACACUCAAGAUUGCUGACAGACUCUAUAUAGAAAAAUCAUACCCCAUUCUUACGGAGUACAUAAGGUGUGCAAAGAAAUUCUACAAAACAGGGCUGGAAGAAGUUAACUUCAAGGUAGCUGCAGAAGGAGCAAGAGAGCUCAUUAAUUCCUGGGUGAAGAGAGAGACAAAUGGACGGAUCCAACAUUUCCUUAAACCAGGCUCUGUUGGUCCUGAUAGUGCGUUGGUCCUUGUGAACACCAUUUACUUCAAAGGGACGUGGAAGACAGCAUUUACAGAAGAACACACUCAGGAAGUGCCCUUCAAUGUGUCUGAGGAAGAAAGCAGACCUGUGCAAAUGAUGUGUCAGAAUGGCACAUUCAAAGUGGCAAGAGCGGCUGCAGACAAACUGAAGAUCCUGGAGCUUCCAUACGCCAGCGGAGAGCUGAGCAUGUUCGUGAUGCUGCCUGAUAACAUCUCUGGGCUGGAGCAGCUUGAGAACAAAAUCAGCUUUGAAAAAAUUACGGAGUGGACCAGUCCCAAUGUGAUGCAGAAGAGGAAGGUGAAAGUGUACCUCCCACGCAUGAAGAUUGAGGAAAAAUAUAACCUCACAUCUGUCUUAAUGGCCUUGGGUAUAACUGACCUGUUCAGCCCUUCAGCCAAUCUGUCUGGCAUAUCUUCAGCAAAGAGCUUGAAGGUAUCUGAGGCCACCCAUGAGGCAUACUUGGAAGUCAAUGAAGAUGGCACCGAGGCAACCAGCUCAACAGGCGUGACGGGACUCAUUAAAGAUUCCUCUGAGAUUGUAGAGUUUAGGGCUAACCGCCCAUUCUUCUUCUUGAUCAAACACAAUCCAACCAACAUCAUCCUCUUCUUUGGUAAAUAUCGUUCUCCCUAA